GUUUUCUUGAGUCGUUGCCUGAUUCACAGAUGCAAGAGGAUGAUGUGUGCAUGGCAACUCCUGAGGCGCAAGAGGAUGAUGUGUGCAUGGCAACUCCUGGGGCGGAAGAUCCGGAGAAUUCGAAGGAUGCAUCUUCACCCACGUUUCGCCCAAAACCGGCAAAUAAGCAAGGCGAAUCAGGACUAGGCGAGGAAAAGGCACAAAGUAACAUCAGGGUGGAGAGGGAGCAGAGGACUCAUCUAGGUGUAGUACAGCCUAUCGUACUACUGCCAGAGCACUUGACGAGUGAUAUGACAGCUCCGCACAUCGGAGUUAGACCACUGAAGAGUGAUGCGGACAGCACAAACAGCGGGGAAAGAACCCCCGAGCAACGUGAUUUGCUCACUGUUUUGUACAUGACUUCCCGCAAUCAACGAGCAUACACGCAACUUAUGAUCCCAUCAUUAGUGCAGGCGAAUAGACAAGCGGUGCUGGCUAGUAUUGAGGAUGAAGUACGUCAGUCAUCAGAAGACAUAGCCAGUUAUCCUUCAGGUGCGUCAGAACAAGCAGCAGCCGAAGAAAAAAGUGCGGCGAGCGACACUGAAAUUGCGGUAGUGGCUCAGAAACUACAUGAGAAGCUGUUUCCUCACAACAGACCCCAUUUGCAUUUGGAGGAUUCGAAUUCCAUGAACUUUCGUGCUUCUCCUGUCCUGAAACACGAAGUCCAUACCUGGUUGAUUCAAUUCGCAGGCCUUCUCGCAGGAGCUGAGAACGACGAUGUCAAUGAGAAAAUCAGAAGUUUCAACGCAGAAGUUGAAAAGCAGAAGAACACUCAUGACGAUGGCAGUGCAAAGGCGAUGAUCCCCUCUUCUCUCACUCUCGCAAGACUUUUUCGAAGACAAAAGAGCAUUCAAAUUCCCAACCCUGCGACCUCAACCUCAGUGUCGACGCCUGUCAUCGAUGAACUCCUUCACCACGCCUUGAUUUACAGCUUGGAACGGGCUUCGACCCUACCGCAAGAUGGAUACUGGUAUUCACUCGUGGACGAGGCAUGGGACACUUUCGAUUUGGGAAAAGCGAAGGAAGGCCUAUCAAGUGGAAAUGAGCAAAAGGAGGAUUCUGCCGGUCC